CACCCUGUACUUCGGGUAUUCCAUUCCAAUUAUUUCCGGUAGUGCAUUCCAGAAAAUUUCCAGCAAGUUUGACAUUCCAUUUUGAACUGACAUCCUAAACGGUUUGGACCAACUGAGCAAAUUAAUUAAUUCGUGGGUGUAGUUUAUAGUUUACUUGGCAUUUGGAAAAGGCGAAAGAAUUGUGCUCUACGUUGCUGAUAUCUGUGCCGUGUAAACAUUCAAGUAGCAAAAAAGUGUAUUAGCUAUUAGCCAAGAAUUUGUUGCGUUUGCGAACAUUGGCGGUUGCGGCGGCAGCGGACGUAUGUAGAAAUUUGUUUAUAAUAAAAGUUUUUGAGGAAUUUCAAUUUGCAUUGAAUGUUGGCAUUGUGGUGUGUGCGCGGAAAAAAAAUCAGAUUGGCCGUCGGUGUAUCAAGAUACAAAACAAUUCUAAAGGGUGUGGUUGUUGUGCAGUGGUCGAUUAUCCAAGAGUUGGAAUACAUAUAAUUGAUUAACAAAUUCAUAAAUUUUCAUAUCUACAUAUGCGCUGUGGUUUUUGAUGAAGCAGCAUACGCAGGCAUUCCAGGCAGCGGUGAAUGGCCAACGAAAACGUAUUUAAGAUACUGUGAAUUAAUUUAUGCGAAACGCGAGCGAAAUUAAUUGAAAAAUGUAUGCAAAUUUGGCGAUGUACGGGUUUGGUGGCGGUGAUGGUAGCACGUCCGAUUUUGUUUGGUAUUUCAGGCAUUGACAUUGCCGAUUGGGAAAGGGGAUAACUCCGCGGUAGUGAAACGCUGCGACGACCGUGCUGCUCGAUAAAUAAGGAAGAAGCUCAGAAUAAUACAAAAGAUUAUUUCUUUAUCAUAAACAAAAAGAAAUGCUGUCAACGUUCCAGCGCCUGCUAUGUAGUGCAUGUGUAAAAACAAAAACAAAGAAGCCAGUGCAAAAGUUGCAUUGACGUUGAAAGCAGCGACGCCGACUUUAGUGGUGACAGCGUACUGUUGACUCCGACUGCAUUUUAUUACGAACAGGUGCAUACAAAGAGCAAGACGGUCGCUUUGUUGGAUGGCCGGCGUAACGAGCUAAAGCAAACAGACGUUGCAGAGACAACACCAACCACAAAGUUGACGAAAUGUCCCGGCUUGCUGAUUAUUUUGUUAUUGUCGGCUAUGAUAACGAUAAAGAACGAACUGCUGCUGGUAGCAGCCAAAUGUCAUGCGGCAAGAUCGUGCAGCGUUUCCCGGAAAAGGACUGGCCGGAUACGCCAUUUAUUGAAGGCAUAGAAUGGUUUUGUCAACCACUUGGUUGGGGUUUAUCGUACGAUAAGCAAGAACCGAAAUUUUUCACUUCCGUACUCACUGAUAUCGAUGCCAACAAGCACUAUUGCGCCUGCCUUAGCUUCCACGAAACAUUGGCCAUCACACUUAAUAAAGUCAUCGAUGAGGAGGAUGAAGCGGCGGCAACUGUCGGCGGCAUUGCUGGCUCGAAAUUUCAGCCACCCAUUGCGGGUAGCAGCAGUGGUGGUGGAAGUGGCAGCAAUAGCAUUAUUUCACAUCACAGCGUCAUGUAUGCGCCGAAAUGUCUUGUGCUAAUAUCACGGCUCGAUUAUGCAGAGACUUUCAAGAACUGUCUCGGCACUAUUUACACCGCAUACAUUGAGAAUCUGCCUUACGCGCUGGAGAAUCUUAUUGGCAACAUACUUGGCUGUAUACAGGUGCCACCUGCUGGCGGUCCACAAGUACGUUUUUCCAUAGGCGCUGGCGAUAAGCAAUCGCUUCAGCCACCACAAUCACCAUCGCUGCCAGUAACGGGCACAGCUGUUUACUUUGCUUUUAAGCAGUUAGGUAUUAAGAAUGUACUUAUACUGCUGUGCGCCGUAAUGACGGAAAAUAAAAUUCUAUUUCAUUCGAAAAGCUACUCACAUUUGACUGAAAGCUGUAAAGCACUGGUAUCGCUAAUGUAUCCAUUCAGAUAUACGCACGUGUACAUUCCGAUACUACCAGCACCGCUAACCGAAGUGCUAUCCACUCCCACCCCCUUCAUAAUGGGCAUACACAGUUCACUGGUGAGCGAAAUCACCGAUCUGCUGGAUGUUAUCGUCGUUGACUUAGAUGGUGGUAUGGUAACGAUACCGGAAUCACUCUCACCACCAGUACCCAUACUGCCAUCACCACUUUGGGAGCAGACACAGGACUUGCUGACAAUGAUAUUAUUUCCCAAUCUAUCACAGGCCGAUUUAGCCUUCCCCUCGCUCGAAAAGCCAACGAACUACCCAAAAUCGGAUGCUGUAAUUGAUAAGGAAUUGCGUGCGAUUUUCAUGCGACUGUUUGCGCAAUUGUUGCAGGGCUAUCGCUCAUGUCUGACCAUAAUACGCAUACAUCCAAAACCGGUGAUUACAUUUCAUAAGGCCGGCUUUCUUGGUGCUCGUGACUUAAUUGAAAGUGAAUUCCUGUUUCGCGUUUUAGACAGCAUGUUCUUCACUACAUUCGUAAAUGAGCGUGGCCCACCGUGGCGUUCUGCAGACGCUUGGGAUGAAUUGUACAGUUCGAUGAAUGAGAUUUUGAAGAGUGAGGCGCAAAAUAAGAGUUUGAUUUCAAUACACAUACAGGAGUUGGGUAAAACGCUCUACGAAAACGAAUUUCCCAGCCAACAAGUUUACGCACAAAAAGUGCUCCGCCCACCAGACGGUUCCUUCCACCGCAUACAUCAGCCUGCAUUUCCACGCAUUAACAGCGAAAAAGUAGAGCUAAUCAUAAACGAUGGCAUGCGUAAGAAUUGCAUUUCGCAUCGCCUGACGGUGUUGCGUAAUCAAAUGCGCAUCAUACCCAUGGGUCCACGCUUGCCCGAAGUGUUGGAAGUGCGUCCGGCAGUAUUAAAUUCAGCGCGACGACUUGAGGUACUUAAAACUUGUGUUGCUUACAUUUUUGAAAAUAAAAUUGCCGACGCGCGAAAGCUCGUACCGGCUGUGAUGCGCACACUCAAGCAUCGUGAUGCACGCCUCAUACUUUGUCGUGAACUAUUCGGCUAUGUGCAUGGUAAUAAGGCAAUACUCGAUCAUCAGCAAUUCGAUUUAGUUAUAAAAUUUAUGAACAAAACCGUGCAAAAUUCCACCGGCGUCGAUGAGUACACUGUUGCAGCGGCACUCUUGCCAAUGUCGACCAUCUUUUGCCGCAAACUCUCCACUGGCAUUGUACAAUUCGCCUACACUUGUAUUCAAGAUCAUCCGAUUUGGAAGAAUUUGCAAUUUUGGGAAUCUACUUUCUAUCAGGAUGUACAAACACAAAUUAAAGCUUUGUACAUGCAACGUCGACGUCAAAAUGAACACAAAAAAGAAUCGAAUAUCGUGCUGGACGAUGUGCCAUUGGAAGAGCCGACUGCGUUGGAAAUAACUGCCGAGCAAAUGCGUAAAAGUCCAGCGAUCGAAGAAGACAAAAAGUCGGAAUUGGGGCAGUCUGAGGAAUCCACGCUCUAUAGCCAGGCUAUACACUAUGCCAACCGCAUGGUUUCAUUGCUAAUACCACCGGAUGUCAAUGCCGUGGGGCCGAGGCCGAAGCAGUCCUUUCGCUUGGACGAUAAUCAAAGCGUAUCAAAUAGUAUUAUGGGCUCGCAUAGUUUAAGUGAACAUUCAGACGAAGGCUUCGAGGAGAACGAUGCACUGGAAGUGGGCGGUGCUGUCGGUAAAAUUGUGUCGCGCUUCAUCGAUCGCGUCUGCACCGAGGGCGGUGUAACCUCCGAGCACAUACGCAAUCUGCAUGACAUGGUGCCUGGUGUGGUGCACAUGCACAUUGAAAUGCUGGAGUCGGUGUAUCUGGAGUCCAAACGGCAUCCACAUGUGCAGAAGCCGAAGAUACAAACGCCAUGUCUGCUGCCAGGCGAGGAGAUUGUAACAGAUCACUUGCGCUGCUAUCUGAUGCCCGAUGGGCGCGAAGAUGACACGCAAAGUUGGAUACCAGCCGAAGGUGCACUGUUCUUAACCAACUAUCGCAUCGUGUUCAAGGGUUCACCCUGUGAUCCGCUCGCUUGCGAACAGACCAUCAUACGCGCCUUUCCCAUCUCCUCGCUGCUGAAGGAGAAAAAGAUCUCAGUACUUUACCUAUCGCAUUUAGAUCAAACUCUGCCAGAGGGUUUACAGUUACGCUCCAGCACCUUUCAGCUAAUGAAAAUCGCAUUCGACACGGAGGUGACACCAGAAAUGAUUGAGACUUUCCGCAAAAUACUCACGAAGGCGCGGCAUCCGAUCGACGAAUUCGAACACUUCGCCUUCCAAUCGUACGGUACCAUAAUGCAUGGCACUGCACCAUCUAAAACCAAAGAAAAAUACUCAACACUAAAGGGUUUCGCUAAGAAAACAAUUUUACGCAAAUUCAAACAAAAAGCACCAACUAAACGAAAAUUGGUUGCUUCGACACUCGAUUUUGAUACGCUCGCACCAUCGACGGAAGCCAUCGAUACACAUUCGCUUGACGAUGAACUCGAAGAUGAUGAGUUCGAAACAAAUACAGACACCAUGCCACGCCUGCUGACCGCCAAGGAUGUAGAACGCAUGCGGGAACGCAGUUAUGUGCGCGAUUGGAAGCGUUUGGGUUUUGAUGAUGCACAAAAUGGCUUCCGCAUAACCACUGUGAAUGCCAAUUACAGUCUCUGUCGUUCGUAUCCUGCACUCUUGGUAGCACCUGUGCAAAUAAAUGACGCCGCACUAUUACAUUUGGUGCGCUGCUACAAGAGUCAACGCAUACCGGUGGUGACGUGGCGUCACCGCAAUGGUGCUUUGCUGAUAAGAGGCGCGCUGCCACACAGCAAGUCGGUUAUCGGCAUGCUUAAAAACUCCACGGGUUCGAACACGAUGUCACACGACGUCGCCAACUAUCACGAACAGGAUAAAUACAUUUCAGCGCUCAUUGACUCAAUGCCGAAAAAUCUCUCUCUAGCAUUGGCGCAAUACAAUUUGACCGGCAUGAAUUUGUCAAUGAAUUCGCUGCUAUUGAACGCUGGUGAUGAGUCGUCCUACCUUAACCGCGCAGACACUUCACUGACGCCGGAAGUUAGUCGCAAACAUAAGUCGGCACAUUCAGCGAGCAGUGAUGCGAAAUCAAAUAACUGGACCGAUUCUUUGAAACCAAAAUCGAAUACAAUAAAAAAUAACUCAUCAGUCUCAGCAGCUGCGUCAGCGUAUCGAAAGUUGCGGCUGUAUGUUUUAGGUGAAAAAUCUCAAACAAAAUCUGGCAUCAAUGCAGAUCUCUGCGCCGAAUUCAUAGCCGUCGACUAUGCUGACUAUCGGCAAUCACGCAUCGCUUUCAAGAAGCUUAUGCGCGCAUGCCUACCCUCGAAUACAACCAACGAAGCGGAUCAAACGUUCGCCAAAAGCGUUGAACAAUCCGAGUGGCUGCAACAAAUCUCUUCGCUUCUGCAGCUUUCUGGCGCUGUGGUCGAUUUAAUGGAUUUGCAAGAGUCAAGUGUGAUGCUCUCGCUGGAGGAUGGCUGGGAUAUUACUGCGCAAAUAUCUUCGAUUGCACAACUAUGUCUCGAUCCAUACUAUCGCACAAUGGAGGGCUUCCGUGUACUCAUCGAGAAGGAUUGGAUUGCAUUUGGACAUCGUUUUGCACAUCGUAGCAAUUUGAAGCCAACGCAUGGCAAUUCGAGUAUAGCAUUUGCGCCAACUUUCUUGCAAUUUUUAGAUGCUGUUUACCAAAUACAAAAACAAUUUCCAAUGGCAUUUGAAUUCAAUGAGUUUUAUGUACGCUUCUUGGCCUACCACAUGGUUUCGUGUCGUUUUCGCACUUUUCUCUUUGACUGUGAAGUGGAACGUUUCGAUUUGGGUAUCGCUUCAGUAGAGGAUAAACGGGGUUCAUUGAGCACCAAACAUCACAUGCUAGCUAACACCGGUUCCGAUGACGAGUGCGUCUACCCCAUGGACGUACGCAGCAAGGCGGCACAAUCUGCGGUGAAUUUCAAUCGCAUCGGUCACUCCAUCUUCGACUACAUCGAACGUCAGCAUGCGAAGUCACAGAUUUUCUACAAUUUCAUGUACUGUGUACGCGACGAUGUACUGCGUCCGCAGAGCUCUUUGCCUGCCCUAGAUCUCUGGCCCUACUACACCAACGAAGAGUUGGCGCAGGGUCCACCGUACGAUCUGGAGUUGACAAAUGCCGAUGAUGAAAUUGAUCUCUCCGAGUUGCGUGGCAAACGAAUUGUAAUUAGCGCUGGCUAUGAUAAUAUCGAAAAGAGUAACCCCAAUGCAUUUGUUUGUCUAUUGAGUGAUGUGCGACAAGCGGAAACCGAACGUGGCCAUCUGCCACAAAAAUGGUUGCAAGUGUGGGAUCAAUUGGAGGUACCCCAAAUGGAAGAGCUGACGCGCAAGUCAUCGUUGAGUAGUAUUCUAUUGCAAUCGCACGGAAAAUUAGCGCACAAACGUUCCACUUUGGAGAUACUCAUGAAGGGUCGCUUAAGUGGCUAUCAGGAUAAAUUCUUUCAUCCACAUCGUUUCGAGAAGCAUCCCUAUACAACGCCCACCAAUUGCAAUCACUGCACCAAGCUUCUAUGGGGUCCAGUCGGUUAUCGCUGCAUGGAUUGUGGCAAUUCUUAUCACGAAAAAUGCACCGAGGUGUCAUUGAAGAACUGCACCAAAUAUAAGGCGGUGGAUGGUGUAGUGCCGCCAAAUGUCAACAUAUCGCAGGGUGACACCUCAAGUAUAGCAUCGAGUGCCGCUACAACGGCGCGUACUUCAAGUCAUCAUUUCUACAAUCAAUUUAGCAGCAAUGUGGCGGAGAAUCGAACACAUGAGGGGCAUCUUUAUAAACGCGGCGCCCUGCUGAAAGGCUGGAAGCAGCGUUGGUUUGUGCUGGACUCCAUAAAACAUCAACUGCGUUAUUAUGAUUCUGGCGAGGAUUCACAAUGCAAAGGGGUUAUAGAAUUGGCCGAAGUGCAAUCAGUUACGCCAGCGCAACCAGCACAAAUUGGUACGAAGCGCAUAGACGAGAAGGGCUUCUUUGAUCUGAAGACCAAUCGGCGCACCUACAACUUUUAUGCGGUUAAUGCGAAUUUAGCACAAGAAUGGAUUGAGAAAAUUCAAGCUUGCUUACAGUAAAUGAAUUUAGCUGCUCAUUGGGAGCAUUUCCUCAUACAUAUUUCCGUUUCUUGCGUGUAUUAUUUUUUACGUAUAAAUAUUUUAGCUAAGCUAAGCUUAACAUAGAAGAAAAAUUUAAUUAAACUACAAAAAAUGGACGACCAAAUGAAAUAAGUAUAAAUAAAAAAAUAUAUAGCGUUAUACUCAAAGUUUAGCAGCGGUAAUGAAGCGAAAAACAAAAACAAAAAUAUACAAAAUUAAAUAUACAAUAUAUUAGCAUUAUUUAAGCAAUUAUGUUUAAGAAACUUUGUGUGUGAUUAUUAUUUUCUGCUUCGCUUUUUGUAAUAUUUUUUUUUUUUUUAAGAAAUCAAAUGAAAUCUUUUAUACUUUAAUUACGCUGCCAACAGCAAAUAAAAAAAUAUGAAUCGUUAGUAAAAAAAAAAAUAAAAAUUAAUUAAAUAUACAUAAAUAUCGACGCUCUCCCAUCUGUGUGCGUAAGUGUGUGUAUGCGCGCGCAUUUUGUAUUUACAUACAUACUUGCAUACUACAUAGUAUAAAUUAGCUUUGGCUUCAAUUUCUUAUUAUCUCUUUACGAAAAACGCAAUUUCUCUUUAGUACUAGAUGACAUUGCGCUGCAUUUGUAUGUCCUGUAUAGUAGUAUAUACAUAAUAAAUGAGUUAUAGAUCGAUUAGUCUAAUUAUUCUUAUAAUAAUUAUUAAACGUUUCUUUUUACUAUUUAAAAAACAUAUUUUAUAGACAAGCUGCAAUUACCCUGUAUUUAAUAGAGAGGUGAGUUUUGAAAAUUACUUUUUUCUAUAUUUAAAUAAAUAUGCAUACAUACAUAAACACACCUAUAAGUAAAUGUAUACAGAGAUGGGCAGCUAAAUAGAGCCAAUAUUUAAUUGUGUAGAUAUUUCGAAAUAAAUUGCAUAUUUUACAAAUCAACCGAAAUGUAUAACAGCAGGUGUAAAAACGCGUGUAAAGAAAUACAUGAAAGAAAUUGUUGUGCUCUAUUUGGUGGUUUACCUCUGUACACAAUAAAAUAUACAUACAAAAAACCUUGUGUACCAAAAGAUAUUUGAAAAUGCUUUUCCGCAUGCUAACCUAAAUGUAAAAGAAAUACAUAACAUAAAUACAUACAUAAAUAACUUAAUAAAUAGAUUUUUUCAAUGUGAUCAACCGAUUAAAUACUAAUACAUAAAUACAUACAUAUAUACAUACAUACAACAAGAAAGUUAAACUUAUAAAUAAAUAGCAUACAUGUAGUAUUGUUUAAUAUUUAAUAAUUGAAAUUUUCUUAUUCUUGAAGGAAGGGAAAGGUAAGCACAACAUCGGAAAAACCACUUUUUAGGAAAAGCCUGGAAAUUGUACAAAGCAGAGAUCGUACCGGUUAUGCAAUGUUUGCCUGACCAUUUUUUUUGAGGCGGCAGUAUUUGCCUUUUAUUCUUC